AUGGCGCCAGAAUACGACUUGUAUAUUAACGGAAAAGAGUGUAAGGGUGGCUCAGGCUACGAGGAUGCCUUGAACCCGUACACGGAGCAACCGUGGGCCAAAAUAGCACAGGCUUCAGCGGGAGACGUCCAAGAUGCUGUCCAAGCGGCCGAGACGGCGUUCGAGAGUUGGAGCAAAGUUCCAGGCGUGCAACGAGCCAAACUGAUGCAUAAACUCGCCGACUUGAUCGAACAAGAGGCCGAGACCUUGUCUAAGAUCGAGACUUCAGACAACGGCAAGAUUCGUCGUGAGACCAAGAGCCAGAUGUUUUUCGCGGCGCGAAACUACAGGUUCUUCGCUGGAAUGGCCGAUAAGCUGGUCGGCGAGACGAAACCCUUAGAUAAUCCUCAAGCAUUCGACUUCACGACGCGCGAGCCGAUCGGCGUUUGCGCUCUCAUCACUCCCUGGAACAGCCCUAUUGCGAUCCUCACCAACAAACUCGCCCCAUGCCUUGCGGCGGGCAAUACUUGUGUCAUCAAGCCGAGCGAGUUCACCACGGCGAGCACCUUGUAUUUCGUCAAGAGUUGUGUCGAACGAGCAGGUUUUCCGCCGGGCGUUGUCAACGUUGUGGCGGGCAAGGCUGACGUCGGCCAGGCUCUGGUGACACAUCCCGCCAUCGGACGGAUCAGUUUCACGGGCAGCGUGAACAUAGGGCGGGUCAUUGCGCGGCAGGCCUCUCAGAACAUCGUCCCCGUCACGCUCGAAUUGGGCGGGAAGUCGGCCAACAUCAUCCUCGACGACGCCGAGCUGGAUCGAGCCAUUCCGGGCAGUGUUGCGGGCAUCUUUGCCGCCUCGGGACAGACGUGCAUCGCCGGUUCGAGACUCCUCGUUCAUCGUUCCGUCUACGACGACGUACUGGACGGUAUACUGGAGCGAAUCAAGUCCAUCCGUUUUGGCGAUCCGCAGGAUAUGACUACAGACAUUGGACCCGUCGCCCAUGGAGGCCAGUGGGAAGCCAUCCACCGCCACAUUGAAAAGGCGGAAAAGGACGGGGCGAAACUCCUCGCUGGUGGACGAACCGAGAGCGAAAAAAUGGAUGGACUCUUCGUUGCGCCAACGGUGUUUGCCGAUGUCGAUCCGAAAAGUGAUCUGGCACAGAAUGAAGUGUUUGGCCCGGUUCUGGCCUUGAUACCUUUCGACUCGGACGACGAGGCGGUCAGGAUCGCCAAUGGCACCAAAUUCGGACUGGCGGCAGGCGUGUGGACGUCAAAUAUACGCCGUGCUCACAAUCUGGCUGGUCGACUCAAUGCGGGACAGGUUUGGGUCAAUACCUACAGGUCCAGUGCGGCCAUGGCCCCCUUUGGCGGAUUCGGACAGAGCGGGUACGGCAAGGAGCGAGGCACAGAGGCUUUGUUGGAGUAUACCCGAUUGAAAAACGUCAUGAUAGAUCUCAGCGAAGUGGUCCGGGAUCCUUUUACCAUCAAGUUGUAA